AUGCCCACCCCUUCUACUUUUACGGCACCCCCACCUCGAUCUCCACCUCCACCUCCUCCACGUACGCUCCUCCUAACAGUCGGUUCCACCUCCUUCACACCCCUCGUCACCUCCCUCCUAUCCACCUCAGUACUCACUACCCUCUCGUCCCUCGGGAUCGAAUCCGUCGUAGCUCAAAUAGGCAACUCGGACCUACCUACUCCUGCCAAACCCGGCUCCACGUCAGCUGAUGACGAAGCUUGGGUCGUAGGCUCUAAUCGAUUGGUUGUUCAAGGCAGGGAAUUGCAAGUGGAGGUGUUGAGGUUUUCAAAUGAUUUGGAGAGCAAGGUCGGGGCAAGUGAUUGGGUGGUCGCUCAUGCUGGUGAGAUUGUGGGGGAGAAAUGGGAGGGCUCGGUGGGGGUGGGGAGGGCGGGCGGGAGGACUGACAUUGUUCAUCUUUUUCGCUACCCCGUAAAUCUCAGGCGCAGGUUCAAUCCUCUCCUUCAUUCGACCCGUCCCGAUAAAUACCAACACGACACCAACACCCCGCCCAGAUAGUGUUCAUCGCAAACUCUUCCUAAUCCCUAACUCGACCCUCAUGGAUUCGCACCAGUCCGACUUGGCCGAUGAGUUUGAGCGGUACGAUUGGGUUGAGGUGAUUAGAGAACCUGAGUGAGUUGAUGGGUGUGGUGUGGAACUGGGGUAUUGACUUUGGAAGAUGUGCGCGGCGGCAUCGAGGAGCAUUCAGGAAGCGGAAGUGUGGCAUAGGUUUUCUAGCGAUCCCUUCAGAUUGAUUAUCGAUUCCUCUCUUCAAUCAAAUAGAAACCUCAAUAACGUCUUCAAGGAAUACCUCAAUUUAUCCGCCCAAACCAGCAAAGACGCCUCAACAACAACGACCACAAAAUCAACUUCAUCAUCAACCCCGAUCCCACCUUUCGACCCCUUCAAGAUCCGCACAAUCUUGGACCAAGUCGUUGGUUACGUCUAA